AAGGUAAAGAGCCUUCGUGAUAUUUACUCACUAGAAAGGGGUUAUUGUUUCCCAUGGUUGAGAAAAGUUCCUUGAUCAUGCCUGUAUUUUCCAUCGUUUGCCCCUUAAAAACCUCCCCCGCUGCCAGUAGGGUUUUAAAACGAAGGAUCUCUGUAACUUGUUCUUCCUCAAGGACCACAAUGAGCACGAGGAAAGCCCUAACCUCCAUUUAUUCUCUCUCUAGAAACUCAACAAUUCGCCAUUUUCUCUCUCCUUAUGCAAAUGAUUUCAAAGCUUUUUCUUCAAUAGGAGCUUCACCUGGCAAUGAUUUCAGAGACCACUUUCUCUCAUAUUUGGAUGCACCGCAGGUCCAGUUACCGUUCUUGACAAGAAGUAUUUCCACGACUGUCUUGACUCCUCAAACAUCUGAAGGUGACAUCCCUCGGGAGUUUCUAACCCAGAAAGAAGUGGUAACUCCAGAACGCACUCCAGGAUUAUAUGAGGAUCUAGUUGCAAGAGUAACAAAUUUCCAUAAUGAAGAUAUGGGUUUGAUGGUCUUGGCUGGUGAUGUGUUUGAUGUGCCAAUUCGGAAAGACAUUGUUCAUAGGGUUGUAAGGUGGCAACUUGCAAAAAGACAGCAGGGAACCCACUCAACGAAAACCUUAAGUGAAGUAAGUGGAACGGGCAAAAAACCGUGGCCGCAAAAAGGUUCUGGUCGAGCACGGCAUGGAACAUUGCGUGGGCCGCAGUUUAGGCAUGGAGCAACCAUGCACGGGCCUAAACCACGUAGCCAUGCAUUCAAGCUGCAAAAGAAAGUUCGUCGGCUAGGGCUUAAAAUUGCUCUGUCAGCUCGUGUAGCAGAGGGAAAGCUUCUUGUUUUCGAGGACUUGGAGGUCCCUUCCCAUAAGACUAAGAAUGUCGUGAGUUAUGUCUCCCAAAUGGAGGGUGUGAAGAAGCUUUUGUUAGUAGAUGGUGGACACAUCAAUGAAAAGCUCAAGCUAGCAACGCAGAACCUGCAUUACGUUAAUGUCCUCCCUUCAAUUGGUUUGAAUGUGUACAGUAUAUUACAACAUGACACACUUGUUAUGACCCGCGAUGCGGUGAACCGGAUCAUAGAACGGAUGCACACCCCUAUUAACCGCUGAGUGUUAAAUUUGGAUUUACGAAGCGAAAAAUCUGAGUAAGGCUUGGUGGAGUCUGUAAUGCUGCAGUUGUAUCCUUUCGCCAGUCAGUAAUAUUUCUUGUGGUACACCCUUGGCCAAAGUCUCUUAGACUCAUCCAGCCUUUAUGCUCUUCCCCACCUUGUUUGUGUUAUCCCCAUCAUGUUCUAUGUUAGCCGCACCUUUUUCUGUGUUACCCCCACCCUGUUCUGUAUUAUGGCCUUUAACAUCUUCAAUAUUAACAUCAUCAUGAAUAACCAGGUUACGGUGACGGUUACGGCUUCGUC